UAUUGCUUACUGAAAAAGAUCUCAGCCAUAUGAAUGUCGGUCUUCGUCCUGCUGCCAUAUACCAGGGUUCAGCUGAUAACUAUGUGGCCACUACUUGUGGUGGAAGGUAGACAUGGCUUGUUGAGCUUUUAAGUGGCUUUACAAUAUUCAGUUUACACAAAUACUGAGUUGUUCAGCUACAUCUUGUAGAACAUCACUUGCAUUUAGGCUUAUACCUCAAAGCAAUGCAAUAUUGGAUUAUUCUCCGAUUAUAGCUGCUGAUCAUGUUAUUCCUCAGAGCUAUGUGCCAAUAUUUGUAAGCCAGUUUAUGGAUGACCUUUCUGCCGAGGAAGACAUGCUUUGUAGCAAUACUGAUAAUGCUUAUGUCGCCCGAGACAAUCUAAAGAAGGAACCAUCACUCAGAAGUGUUCUUUCAGAUCCCUUAUUUGGCACAUUCCUUGAAGAUGCUAUGUUUGUUUCAUUCGGACAUUCCUUUGGUGGUCUCAAGCUGAAAAGGGUUAUUGAUAUGGCAAGAUGUACCCUCUGCAAUGCUGAAAUUGAGCGUAGUUCCUUAAUACCUAACCACGUACUGAGAGCUGCUGCCGCAGCAGUAAAGCAUGAGGAUGACCAAAGACUUUUCCACAAUGCUGCCCUUAGAAAAGAAGAGGGAGACAUUACAGUAAGCUUUGAUUUUCCCCAUUUUGCUGCAAACUGCGAAGUAGAGCUCAUUGUCUUCAGUUUUCUGGUAAAAGGAACUAUCUUAAUCUGGUAUUAA